AAUAUUUUAUGUUUUAAACGAGUGUAUUGACUAACAAACAGAUGUCUAACUCGUACCACACCCUGAACAGGAUUUAAUUUUUUAGUGCGUCCAAAAUAUCGCUGUGUAUUGACACGUCGACACAUGUGUUUUUAGCCUGUGUAGGCUAAAACAGGGCAGGUCUGAUGUGCUGGACACCAGCAGGAACUACGGGCUUAAAGGAGGAUGUCCUUAACCCAGUGGAACGUUUGUGUACGUGUGCUUAGAAGUGGCACCAGAUAAUUGUCGAAACAAACCUUUAGAAAAUCGAAACGAGUGCAGAAAACAUUAAUUUGAGAAGACCGGAGCAGCACCUGUGUGAUGACAAACUUUGCAACGACGAUCUCAAUUGAAAGAUUCACGCGACUAUCUCAACGUUGUUUGAAACGAAAUAUCUAAAAUGGAUUUAUUGUGGAUCUAAUGUCUUUCAGUGGAAAACUGCGGAAGUUUGCCAGGACAGCAGAUUUUUAGGUCAUAGCCUACAGAAAUUUUGCCACGCAGUCGUUCUUGAGUUCAGGAUGUUCAGUGAAGUACCUACCCCUCCAUGGCUACGUUCACACACUUGGUGUUUAUCAAACAUCUUAAAUUGUUUGUCUAUUUACACUAGCCUACUAGUCACACGUGGAAUAAACAUCGUCUGUAUGCCCAGGUAAACCACAAUCAAAUCCCGUUUCUAUUAUCGCGAUAGCUUGAAUAACGACUAACUGUUGUGACAGAGUUAUUUCAUUUGAAUUCUGCUAACUUUUGCGGCUCCUCUGCUGUUAAGAUUUUGUUUCGAAAUUGAACUUUUGAUUUCCAAUUAAUUCCUUUUGUUCCAUGAUGGCCUAGAACAUAUUCUAGCCUAUCUGUUUCUAGUUCAGUUGCGUAAAUAUUUCAGGUAGUCACAUCAGUUUAAGAAUGUGGAGUCAGUCAGUACUGCACUAAGUGUGAACAUUUAAAAAAUGAAGUUUAGAAAUUAUUUUAGAGGCAGUGGGAGAGUCCUAGCGUUUGUGUUUGUCGCAUCUGUACUCUGGCUCCUCUUUGAUAUCGCAGCACUUAGGAUAUCCUUCAAUGAUGUGAAUCAGGUUCUCAAAGAGAAAGAGAUUGUACUAAAACAGGGUAGGAGUAAAAACAAUGUAGAUAAUGCCUUUAAACAUCCUAAAGUAAAUGUAGAAAAGGGGGAGUUUUUAAAAAACAGAAAAGGUUUUGGAAAGAAAGUUAAUGAGAUUUAUAGAAAGUGGCCAAAGUUCAGUACAGAACCCCAAGGUCUGCUAAACAACAAUAAACAUUUGAAUUCAAUGUUAAUGGCUGACAAGUCUUUUGUGGAACAAAACGAGGUAAUUAAUCAAACCAAAGUGAAUCUAACUGUGAAAUCACCUGUGAAAGGAACAAUUAUUAGCAUCCCUCCAAAAACUGAAAUUAACGGCAAAGUGAACAGCAUAUCUGCAAAGAUGAACAAAAUAAAUGCUGCUGUUGGACAGACGGAAACAAAUCUAGAUGUUAAAGCACCUUUACUUACUAAAGCACUGCCUGCUGUCCAAGAGAAAAUAUAUUCUCCUGCACUCAAAGAAAACACUGUGGAGAAAGUAAAUCAUACCAAUGACACACUUGUAAUGUCACAUAAUAAAGUAUAUGUAGAUUCAGGUUUACAAAAUAACUUGAGUAAGGAUUUUCUCAAACCAACAAAGACUGAUAAACCGACAAAUAUUAUUGACAAUAGAGAGAAACAUGCUGAUAUUUUCAACAAAACUAAACCAGUUAUUACUAAAAAAACAGUAGAAACAGCACACUCUCCUAGUGUGCGAGUGAGGAGGUCAGGAGAGCUUCACAAGGUUAUGGCUCUAGAUGUGACAGACUUGCCCAGAAAUCCACAGGCCGUGGGACAGUUUGGACAGCCUGCAAGUGUUCCCAGAGAUAAAGAACUGGAGAGUCGAAGACGCUGGAGUGAAGGACAUUUUAAUGUAUUCCUGAGUGAACAGAUACCAAUAGAUAGAGCCAUUCCAGACACCAGACCCCAAACAUGUUCAGAAAAUCUUGUUCAUGAUGACUUGCCCGACACCAGCGUGAUCUUUUGCUUUGUGGAUGAGGUGUGGUCAACUCUGCUACGCUCAGUGCACAGUGUGCUCAACAGGUCUCCUCCACAUCUGCUGAAGGAGAUCAUUUUGGUGGACGACUCCAGCACCAAAGACUACCUGAAGGAGCAGCUGGAUGUUUAUAUGGCUAAGUUCCCUAAAGUAAAAAUCAUCCGUCUGAAAGAGAGACAAGGCCUCAUCAGAGCCAGGAUUGCAGGGGCCAGUGCUGCUACAGGUGAAGUGUUGACAUUCCUGGACUCUCAUAUUGAGUGUAACGUGGGGUGGCUGGAGCCACUGUUAGAAAGAGUUUACAUGGACCGCAAAAAAGUGGUCUGUCCUGUUAUUGAGGUCAUCAGCGAUAAGGACAUGAGCUACAUGCUUGUUGAUAACUUCCAAAGAGGCAUUUUCAGAUGGCCACUGGUGUUCGGCUGGAGUGCUCUACCUGAAGAAUAUAUUAGAAAGCACCAGGUCAAGGAUUCAGACCCCAUCAGGUGUCCUGUCAUGGCAGGGGGUCUUUUCUCAAUAGAUAAGAGCUAUUUCUAUGAGCUGGGGGCAUACGACCCAGGCCUGGAUGUCUGGGGUGGUGAAAACAUGGAAAUCUCUUUCAAGAUCUGGAUGUGUGGCGGCGAGAUUGAAAUCAUCCCCUGCUCACGUGUCGGCCACAUCUUCCGUGGCGAUAAUCCUUACAAGUUCCCUAAAGACCGUGUGAAGACAGUAGAGAGAAACUUGGCCAGGGUUGUAGAGGUGUGGAUGGAUGAAUAUAAAGAGAUCUUUUAUGGUCAUGGCUACCACCACCUACUGGACAAAAGUGUAUCCGAUAUAGGAAAUCUUACAGAACAGAUUCAGCUGAGACAAAAACUCAAGUGUAAAAGCUUUAAAUGGUACUUGGAGAAUGUGUACCCAGACCUGGAUGCCCCUCUUGUCAAAGCUGAAGGAGUGAUUUUUAAUGUUGGAGCCAGAAAAUGUUUGGUAUUUCAAAAUGGCAUAUUUUCUUUUGAUAAAUGUGAGCUUACAGAUAAGAGUCAACAAUUUAGCUAUACCUGGUUAAGGAUGCUUCGACAGAACACUUCCUGCUUGGCUCCUCAGGAAACACAGAUUAUCAUGGAACCCUGUGACAACACUAAGCCACAUCUCCGCUGGAUGCACAAGUCUGGUAAAGUUUUGACGGAUCAUGUGAUGAUAGAGAGUCAUUCCCAACCAAUCUGUCUGGAAGCUGGAGUUAAAGCUGGCAUCUACCUUAAGAACUGUGAUCCCAUCAAUACUUUUCAAAAAUGGCAGUUCACACAUUACUACGCUCAGUGAGAUGCUCCAGAAUAUCACUGACAUAUUCUCCAUCACAAUUUUCUCCUCUGUCUUGAUAUUUCUUUAUUUUUAUUUUUUUUUUUCAUUUUUUUUUUUUUAUUUAAAUAUGUGUGAUUUGAGGAAAAGGUUUUGUGUAAGGUCCAUAUGUGUAAUGUAGAUGUGCAUUUGUUUUUUUUCUUUUUAUUUUGUUAUUUUACAUGUUUACUCAUAAUUGUUUGGGGAUUGAUUCAGGUGUCUUUUUGGCUAAUUCAGAUUAUUCAUAUUUUUGGGGUUUUGUGAGAAAUACUUUUGGAUAUUGAUAGCAAAUUAUACACAGGGGUUUUGCACAAUAAUAAUAAAAAAAAAAUUAAAAACCCAUCUGGGGAUUUUUUACAAGUUCAAAUUGUCUCUGUACACUAUCAAGGAUUUAAUUUUGUUGAAGUGGGUAUGAAAUGUCUGACUUUAAUAUCAUAUUGUCUAUUUCCAAGUGAAACUGCUUUUUGGACAAGAACAAAAAUGUAGAUUGGAUUGUGAAAAGUGAGUGUUGCAUACCUCGAAGGGCCACUGGCCCAACGACUUAAUCCAAUGAAGGUUUUCUGUGCAUUCUGUAUUUGCCUUGCACUGCUGUGCAUAAGUUAUUGCAGUUUACUGUUUGACUCCUUUUUAUCAUAACCUUGAAUAUAGGUUGGAAUGCCAAAUGAUAA